AAUGGCACUUUUUUUACAGAUGAAUGAAAUAAGGAAGCUGGGAAGCUUUUCAAUGGACGGACGGAUGGAUGGAUGGAUGAAAUGAAUGAUCAAGUUGUGGGGCUGAUUUACAGAUACCGCCGUUAUUGAUAUCAUCUGGCGUCAAGAUGAAUUAUUACAUGUACAGUGACGUGCCAAAAGUAUUGCAAGAAACGUGUUUGCUCUAUAUCUCCCGGAAGCAUUUACUGUCAACAAGAGUCUCUCUUUCGAAAACCGCCUAACAUUUGCUUGUGAAAUAUGACACCGUUUAUGACGUCAUUGCUUGCGUUUUCAUCUGUCGCGUGCCCAGCAGACGACAUGGCUCGCAAUGCGAAGGAACUGACAGAAAAGCAAAAUGAAUUACUAAUAUUUAUUGAAUUGCAUCAAAAAGGUUUGAAAAAUAGCAACAUUGCACAAAAGUUAGCAGUUCUCAGAUCUACUGUUGGGCGAAGAAUUUGAAGAAAGCACAGAAAACAGACAUCGUGGUGGUCGGCCUCGUGUGAUUGGUUUGAGGGGGGAUAGGCGACUUUUCCGUGUUGUUCGCCAGAAACAGGCGACGUUCCCUUACUGACAUAACUGACAUUUUAAUUCUCAACACCAUGUUCGAGUUUGUAGCAGGACAAUUCAGAGACAUUUACAUCGGGUUGGCAUAAAAAAACGAACGGCAAGAAAGGCUAUCACCAUUUUACAUGUUAACCGCCAGAGGCGUGUGGUGUAGGGGAAAGUGACAUUGACUUCAUAGGUGGAAGAAAGUGUUGUUUCCUGUCCUUAGUAUGGUGAUCAGCGUUCAGUUGCUGGCAAGAAAGACAUAGUUGUAAAACAAGGUACCAACAAGACACUUGUGAUUGACGGCGAUGUCAUCUCCGAGUCAUUGGCAAAGCACAAUCGUUCUGUUUGUACAAUAUCAGUGGAAGUUUCCAGUGGCGCCCUAACGGUCGGUGUACUGAGCAAGACCGAUCAACACAUGGCCUACGGUGCUCCGGCCGCCGUGAAUUAUUCUCCUUACAUCGUCAGCCCCGACAUCACCUCCACACAGCUGUCCCGGUUUCUCACUGGAAGGCUCUACAAGUUUGUUAGUCCUGCUUUCUACCUGUCGCCGAUCAGCAAUGUGCAACUAACAGAAGACAUCAACGUUGAUUUGCCAACAUCACCAGUAGAUGAACACCAGGAAUCAGCGAUCAUUCUAUGGGACUCCGGUGACGAUGUCUGGCGCCAUGUCAGUGAAAUCUGUGAUACUGCUUCUUUGAGGAGUAACGUUUCAACGAAUGAUUCUCAUGCAAUACAGAUCUGCAAUUUAGUAUUUAAGAGAAGCUUGACAAAAUCAAAUACACGCGAGAAGAGGGCAACGCUUCCUUUCUCGAGUCCAAGAAUGUUUUCCGGUGCAAUUGUGUCUAAACAUAUGAACAAUACACCUCCCAUCAUUGACACCAGUGUUAUCCAAUGCGUCGAGGACAGCUUUGUGAAGCAAGUCAUCAAGUACCACGAUCUGCAGCAUGACAAUUUAACAUUUACAGUAGAGGAGCAUCCUUAUCGCGGUGAAGCCAACCUCACAGCAGAGGGAAUGCUAUCCUACCGACCAGAGAAGGAUUUUAAUGGCUAUGAUAGUAUCCUCGUAAAUGCAACUGAGGUAUUCAUACAUGAUUUGGGAAUACAAUCAUCUACAUUUACGAAGAGAAUACUCAUCAACGUGUCAAAUGUUAAUGAUCCACCUGUUACUUUCUACCAGAGGGACACCCAGUCGCCAAUACCAUCAUUUGUUGAAAGUAUUCACAAGGUGUAUGUUGAAGGCAAUCUGACGGAUCACUCGCUGGGCUCGUUUUGGAUCGCAGAUGUUGAUGACCCUGAAGAGCUGACAAUCCUUCAAAAGGAUGCAAGGGGACUGGCAGCCAACUUUACACUUACACAGGUUGAUGCGCCUGGGGAAGAUGAAGAGACAUACAGAAGCAUGUCCAUGAUAUACUCAGGGACAACUCUGACCAAACAUUAUUUGAAGCUGAGGACCCUCAAGGAAUUCCAUGGGAGCAUCCAGUUCUCUCUGCUGGCUUUAGAUACGAAUAAGAGCUUCAGCCACGCCCUGUCCAUCCGCGUGUUUGUCCUCACCAGCCCAUGUUACCAUGGUAGCUGUGCUCCAAGAUACCCGAAUUUACCAUGUGAACAUCCAGACAGAGCAACCAGCUUUCAAGCCUAUCACUGUGAAUGUGUAGCUGGUUACGAAGGACAGUUCUGCGAGAAGGAAAUCAACGAAUGUCUGAAUACCCCCUGUUCCCUUCUGUAUGAUUGCGAAGACAAACUGGCGACCUAUGAGUGUCUCCUGAACAUCCCGAAAAUUCUUGCCAUACUUGUCUGCAUUCUUCUGCUCUGUCCAGGUGUUGCCUUUUACAUAAGUCGCAAGUACAGACAAAGACGUCACAUUUGGAAUGUGCCGGACAACAUUCCACAUACACAUACGAAUCCUGUAUACCUAGUAGGGUUCACAUCAACAGAACAACACAGUGACGGUGGAUCAGACACGGAGCAGACGACUUCCGGGUCGGCCUCCACCUAGGAACAACUACAAGACACCUGGGUGCCGUUGUACAAAGCGAUCUCAUCGCUAAGGUGACCCUAACUCUCAUACCUUAGCCUAGUUAAGAUGAUCUUAGCGCUAAGGUUGUUUUGUACAACAGCAUCCCACUGGUUUUCAAGAAAAUUACAGAAGCACGCCUGCCUUGUUCAUGGGUCAAGGACACGCUAAGAUUCCUCACAGGAAACUGACAAACCCUCUGUCGAACUCACAUAAAACCCUUCGUGCAGCUGUUGACUGAAAGUGUCGAAUUGUUCUGUUUGUAGUUUAGAUAUUCUGGUAAACCCUAGGCUUCAUUUGUAACUCAUAUUAGAGGAACCCUAUUAGUAGCAUUUUGGGUACUCACUGCGAAGCUGUCACUGACAUGAAUGACUGAUUUCUCAUGACAUCAUUCAAUCAUAUGGAUAUUCUCGCCACGAGGAAAUUGCUUUCAAUCGACCGCUUAUAUUAUAUUGAGAUUUUGCAUGUACCAUGUACAUUUCGUGCUGUCGUAAUUAAUAAAUAGAUCUUGUGACACCA